ACGUCAGCUGGUGGAGGCGUGUACCAUGAUGCGAGAAUCAGCAGCCUAGCCAACAACCACCAACAUCGGCGGUUGCAGCCUUUCGCGCAGAUGUAAAUCUGUACAUCUCAAAAUACCUCACCAGUGCCCGUGUGUCAAGUGCACUAAUGAGAACUAUUUGACAAAAAACACUGUCUUUAAACAUAAUUCAAACUAAUAUUCUGACGGUAGAUCCGUAAGGGCCCACACAAUCUGCGCACUUGAAAUCGUCCGGUCAGAUCAGAUCAGAUCUGCCUUCAACCUUGCUGUCCUACCGCAUGUCAUCUUAAAUGCUUUUCGAUCAGAGAUUUUCCGAGUCGGACAGACAAACUGGAAAAGAUGCGGAAGGACGUGAGGAUAUUACUUGUAGGAGAACCCAAAGUAGGGAAGACUUCCCUUAUUAUGUCCCUGGUCACCGAGGAGUUCCCAGAUGUGGUGCCCUAUCGGGCUGAAGAAAUCACCAUUCCUGCCGACGUCACCCCAGAGAGAGUGCCCACACACAUUGUUGACUACUCAGAGGUGGAGCAGACGGAUGAGCAGCUCUAUCAGGAAAUCACCAAGGCCAAUGUUAUCUGCAUUGUCUACUCAGUCAACAACAAGAAGUCCAUUGAAAAGGUCACCAGUCAUUGGAUUCCACUAAUAAAUGACAGAACAGAUAAGGACAGCAGGAUUCCCCUCAUCCUGGUGGGCAACAAGUCAGACCUGGUGGAGCACAGCAGCAUGGAGACCAUCCUGCCCAUCAUGAACAAGUACACAGAGAUCGAGACGUGUGUGGAGUGUUCUGCCAAGAACCUGAAGAACAUCUCGGAGCUCUUCUACUAUGCUCAGAAGGCAGUUCUGCACCCAACCGGUCCACUCUAUUGCCCUGACCAGAAGGAGAUGAAGGUGGCUUGUCUCAGGGCACUCACACGCAUCUUCAAGGUGUCCGAUUUGGACAAUGAUGGCAUCCUUAAUGAUAACGAGCUCAACUUCUUCCAAAGGACAUGUUUCAACAGCCCCCUGGCUGCCCAAGCUCUGGAGGACGUGAAGAAUGUUGUGCGGAAGAACAUAAAUAAUGGAGUGUGUGACAACGGCCUCACGCUCAAUGGGUUCCUGUUCCUGCACACACUCUUCAUCCAGAGAGGAAGGCACGAGACCACCUGGACCGUCCUGCGCAGGUUUGGCUACGAUGACGACCUGGAGCUCCACCAGGACUACCUCUUCCCCCCGUUAAAAAUACCUCCCGACUGUACCACCGAGCUCAACCACAAUGCUUACCUCUUCCUUCAGAGCAUCUUCGACAAACAUGAUAAGGACCGGGACUGUGCCCUGUCCCCAGAGGAGCUGAAGGACCUGUUUGAUGUCUUUCCCUACAUGCCCUGGGGUGCUGAUGUCAACAACACCGUCUGCACCAACGACCAGGGCUGGAUCACAUACCAGGGCUACCUCUCCCAGUGGACGCUAACGACAUAUCUAGAUGUGCAGCGGUGCCUUGAGUACCUGGGUUACCUUGGUUACUCUAUCAUUGCUGAACAGGAGUCCCAGGCAGCUGGCAUGACAGUGACUCGGGACAAGAAGAUUGACCUGCAGAAGAAGCAGACCCAGCGCAACGUGUUCCGCUGUAAUGUGUUUGGCGCCAUCGGCAGCGGCAAGAGCGGCUUCCUGCAGGCUUUCCUGGGCAGAAACCUCAUGCGCCAGAGAACAAUAAGUGAAGAACACAAAUCUUAUUAUGCAAUCAGCACAGCCUUUGUCUACGGUCAGGAGAAGUACUUAUUGCUCCAUGAGGUCUUCCCAGACUUUGAUUUCCUCUCGGACGCAGAGCUGUCCUGCGAUGUUGUGUGCCUAAUCUACGACGCCAGCAACCCCUUCUCUUUUGAGUACUGUGCAAAAGUCUUUAAGCAAUACUUCAUGGACAGCAAGACGCCGUGCAUGAUGGUGGCGUCCAAGGCGGACCUGCCCGAGGUGAAGCAGCAGUACGCGCUGACCCCACUGGAAUUCUGCCGCAAGCACAAGAUGCCGCCGCCGCAGUCGUACACCUGCAACACGGCCGCCGCGCCCAACAGGGACAUCUUCAUCAAGCUGACCACCAUGGCCAUGUACCCCCACGCUCGUCUGCGCUGCAUGUGCACGUGCAACCGGUGCACCUUCUGUCUCUGUCAGAACUUCCUCAACUCUGAGCUGAUGCAGACUGUGAAGGCCAAAAUCUACACCGUCAUUUUCAGCAGGUUCUCCCGACUCGUUCCUCCAACAAAACAAAACAACCACACACUCCUUCUCAUCGUUCCAUCCAUUUUCUGUUCCUCUUUGGUUUGUCCUUGUCUCUUGUUUCCAUGGCACAUGACGCAGGCGGACCUGAAGAGCUCCACCUUCUGGUUGAAGGCAAGCGUUGGAGCCACAGUGUUUGUGGUGCUGGGCUUUGCCAUGUACAGGGCCAUGCUCAGGUCCCGGUGACUGAGCCCCCAACAACCACUCCCUGCAGGUUUCUCCCGACAUCAAACACAAACAAACAUUCUCCAAACGAAGACUUACGAGUUUCCACUUAGAAAAGCUAUGUGUCAUUUUGUACAUGGGUGUGUAUAACGCUCUGCCCUCUGUGGCAAUAUCAUAGGUAUUUAUAUUUAUACUGACUUGAUAGAGGAGUCAAUGCCCACACACUAUGUUGAAUUUAUCUUCUCAGUUGUCUGUCUCUUGGCUCCUAAAGACUCUUGAAAUAGGUAACAGGAGACCUUGGAUAUCUUUGUGAAUAAUGUACAUUGUUAGUGUAUAUACAUAUAUAUUUAUCUUUCCCCAUGAAAUGGUGUAAAACAAAAGAGUCAUGAUGGAUAAUAAGCUUUCAUACAUCAGCUGUAAUGCACAAAUGGGCUCCUGAAGUGUUAUAUUCAGUUGUUUGAGAUUAGUUUUGCAGGCAGGUUUCUGAAAGCCACAGGUGGGCCAGAGGUGAUUCAUAUUACCAUUAUGUGCACUAAUGGUCAAAUUAGACCAGAAGACUUGGAAAUGAAGGACUUAGAACAGGUAAAUAAAUAAGCUAGAUAACAUAUUUCAAUAUAUACUUCAAUUAAUUCUUCCCAGUUGGUAGUUUUGCAUGUGUGAUCAUGCAUCAAGAAGUGUUCAUAUUAUAUAGUGGCCAGUGGGGUGGACACCACAGGUGACCAGUGACCUGCACUGCCUUUACUGGCCAGUCAUCCCAUGCACCCUGGCACCAUGUGUAUGUGAAAGGUUCAUCAUGCUUUAACACAAGACCUGCAUCUGUUAGACUGGAUGUGCAUGCUGUGUCAUCUCCUCAGACACGUGCUCUUGCAAGGAGAUCAACGACCAACUACAUUCCUCUGUGUUGUGAAAGAGAUCCCUCUCCCGCACCUUACGAACACCAUCAGUUGAGAGUUUGUUCAAAGUUAGUUUUUGUUUCUUUUUCAUACUUUCCAAAGUUUACAAUAAAUGGUUGCUGCUAAAGCCA